AGAUCUAACACACGACUUGAAUUCUUUCCACUUUUCACUUUCCACUCCUCAACUUUUGUUCCUGGUACAAGACCCUCUCACCUUUGCAGCUAUCCGCAUAAUGUUCUACGAUCAUGCCGCCGCACGGCAUGUCUCAUACCAGGCAAUGCUGACAAACUUUUGCCUCAAUUGGAGAUUAUCGAGCCCACGCUGGUAUCUAUGCUCCGAACAGCGCGGAAGACGCACAGCUUGGUCGGGUCAUAUAAUUAUCGGUCGACUUUUAUUCUCAUGUCGUUUCUGGUAUGAUGGCAACUAUAUCAAAAAUGCUGAGCAUGAAGCCGCCGAGUUCGCUCUGAAAUAUCUUGAAUAUAGCCGGUUUAACAACUCGGAUGUGUGGGCCAUGGCAAUGGAGGGUGGAAAUAGGUACCUGGUAGCAGGAAUAAUGUUUGUAGGUAGCUCGUAUUAAACUGGUAC